ACGUCUGACUGGUUGAUUUCUUUUCUUUUUCAGGGCGUUUUAGUUCUUGGCAGUCAUGGACGGCGGGUCAGCAGAACCUGUAGGGGAGGCUGACGCUCCUCUGAAAGACUUCCCAACCAUCCAGACGGUUCACAGCCAGGACGCCAUGGUGGUGGAUCUCCUUCAGCAGGCAGCGGAGGCAGGCGGCGUGGUCCAAGGACAGACCACUGUGGUUCUGGACCAAGGUCACGUAGAAGGGAUGGUGGCAGCCGCCCAGUCCCAGCAGGCGCUGCUGGGCGCCGGCGUGGGGGUCAGCGUCCAACGUGGAGAGGUUGAGAUGAUGGUCAUGGACUCCCUGGAUCCCACGCUGAUGCAGAUGAAAACCGAGGUCAUGGAAGCUGCUGUGGGGGGGUCAUCAGCCACAGCUCAUCAUCAGGCUGCCGUGACGACGGUGGACCAGACUCAGAUCAUCACCCUGCAGGUGGUCAACAUGGAGGAGCAGGCAGCUCUGGGUCUGGGGGAGCUGCAGCUGGUCCAGGUGCCCGUUUCCGCCGCUACGGUGGACGCUCUGCAGCAAGGCACGUUUGUGGAGGCCACCGCCAUGUCGAAGACUGGAGACCCGGUCAUCUGCCACACACUGCCGCUUCCUGAGGGCUUCCAGGUACGUGGAUCUGCAGAGGGAGUGCUAGGUUCAUUAGAGCUUUUUCUCCAGGGUGAUUCUGUGGAGCAAACCAGCAGGUUCUGUUUUUUAUUACAACAGAACCCUGAAAGAAAGACGAGAUCAUUUCCAAUCAUGCAUCAGAGCCUUGAUCCCUGCCUUCCUGACUGCUUAUAGAGAGGCUCCGACUAG